UCCAUUGUCUGGAGCAGCUGCUGUUUGACUCCACACGUCGGCAAACAUCCAUUCAAAGGUGGUUUGGAUUUUUUAUAGUUACAGGUAAACUGAGGCCCUCCGCAGACGUGCAGCCAUGAAUCCCAAGGGGGAUAAGCCGAAGUCGAAGAUUUCGGCGUCCCGCAAGCUCUCCCUCAAAAUGUUGCUCCUCCAAAGAGCAUGUGAGGAUCUGGAGAGGGAGCGGCAGGACCGGGAGGAGGAGAAAGGGCGCUACCUGAAGGAAAAGCUGCCUCCUCUGCAACUGUCUGGUUUGUCGCUGGAUGACCUCCAAAAACUGUGCAAACAGCUUCAUGAAAAAAUUGACGUUGUGGAUGAAGAGAGGUAUGACUGUGAACACAAAGUCAGCAAACACAACAAAGAUAUCCACGAGUUGAAGCUGAAAGUCCAGGAUCUAGGAGGCAAGUUUAAAAAGCCCGCCCUCAGGAAGGUGAGGGUCUCAGCAGACGAGAUGAUGAGAGCUCUGCUGGGCUCCAAACACAAAGGCUCAAUGGACCUCAGGGCCAACCUCAAGUCUGUGAAAAAGGAGGACGUCAAGCAGGACAAGGUCCUGACCUCCGAAGUGGGCGACUGGCGUAAGAACGUGGAAGCCAUGUCGGGCAUGGAGGGCCGCAAGAAGAUGUUCGAUACCGGCGGCGGAGGACAAUGAGACGUCGAGGCCAAAGCUGGACAGUCAUCGAAGAAAAAGAAAAUACGCCAAACUUUCAAUGCAACGUUUUAAGACAAGUAGCAACCCAGUAUCUCUUUUUAUUUUUGUUAUGACAUUUGGUGAGCAAAGCUGAGCUAAAUAAAGAAAGAUAACCGUU